AUGUCCGCCGUCAUAGCCCGUAAGCUUUGGCUCCUCCGUGCACGGUUAACAUCCACGGCCUUGUUGAUGGUUACUGCCUUGCUUAUUCUGACUUGUACCGCGCACGCGUUUCUUUAUCUGGCCGACUUGAUAGAUGGCAUAACUUCGACAUUCACAGCCGGAAAUCCCAACUCGGAUCCCAGGGUCGAAGCCAACGAUUUCUUCCAAAAUGCAACCCGUACUAAGAUACUCGCCGCAUUCUUCCUCUACGUCUUCGUCAGCGUUUGCAAUAACUUGUUCGUGACCUGGCGGGUUUAUGUCUACUGGGGACGCAAUAAGGUCCUUGCGGGAUUACUUGUAAGCUUGAUCUUGGCGAGUGUCGUUGCCAAUGCCGUUUGUGGCCACUUCCUGGUUAAAGAUCACGCAGAAGGAUUUGGCAAUGAGGAAGCCGCUGGCAAGAGCCUAUUCACUGCAGGAUGGAUCCUGUCGAUCGUCAUGCAGGUUGCUGGGGCCCUACUGAUUGGUUGGCACUCCGUGGAAACCCCGAUAGUCGUCGGCAAUGGCGAGCAAGAGAAAAGGAACAUCCUCCAGACACUCUUUUAUGCUUUCGUAGAAGCUGGCUGUCUGUCUCUGAUCACAGAGUUGUUCAUGAUCGGGUUCUUAUACCGCAACUGGGCCGUCGCUCUUGUCUUCCUGGCCGUGCUUGGCCAGAUAUCCGGCCUGUCUGCGUUAGCCAUCAUCUUGCGCGAGAUCUUCAAGGCUGAGCGGGAUUCGUUGAAUGGGUUCGUCAACGUCACAAGCGCGCUAGCAGCCAUGCAGAUGCAAGACUUCUCGCAUCGCCGCGGGCAGCGCUCAAUCGGCCCUUCGGACAUGGAAGACGUUCAUGGGAAUGCUGUGAUGGUCGAUAUUGAGACAUCAAGACACGAAGAUGAUGCGGAGAAGCCAAUAUCUCAGAAGUACCGGUCCCGUGCUGUGGGCAAGAUACUCUUGCAUGAUAUUGAACGGGAACCGUCCACUUGA